CAGUUUUGGCCCAGGGAGGCGAAAAGUCGGCCCUCCGGCGGCGCGGGCCCACCCCCCCCCUCUCUCAGGCCUCCCCGACGGCGCGCUCUGGCCGGGCAUGGCGCGCGGGUUCCGCCCCGCGCUCCUGCUGCUUCUGCUGCUGCCACUGACCGUCGGGAGGACUCCGACGAGACCUGCAAGGCUGGGGACCCUGGCUGCGGUGAAAAACCCGCAGAUGAAGAAGGCGAUCACGAUUCCUACGCAAAGGAGUGCCCCCCGCUGUCGGAGGAGCAGUCGGCCACACUGAACGAGUGCACGGAGGGCAAAAAGCAGUGGAAGUGGGGCCUCGACCGCUUGCAGAGCAGCGACAAGGAGGGCGCGACGAAUUUCGUCAUUAAGGCGUACAACUUGUGCUUGAAGAAGAUGGGCCUGGAGCGCGCAGAAAGAUGCGUUCGCGCCUGGGUCGACGACACCAUCGAGUACAAGUGGCUAAAGCAAGGGCUGGGCGUCUCCCCAGAGUGCAAGGCCGAGGCGCACAGCAAGUAUAACACGGGUUCCAAGGAAGUGGAGGAUUGCGCCCAGACGUACAACGAUCGGCUCCAAGGCUUCGAUGAACCUGAGGAGCAGGCCAUGAUCUACUCAGACAUCCUCGAGAACUGCGCGGGCGUCUCCCCGCUGUGCGCCAGGCAGAAUGGCUACAUGAUGGCCGAGAGGGCGCAGCAGCAGUCGCUGAAGGAGCUCGGCAUCGACACGAAGGGCGGGACCGUGCGGCGGUGA